CCUCCGUCCGCUAGAGGGCUCUGCUCGUAGAUUCUGGGUGCGGUGAGAACUACUCGUUCUCAAAGAAGGAAAGCAACGAAAGGAGAGAAGAGAGUCGACUCUCGAAGGCGCAGAGCCAUGGCUCGUGGGCAGCAGAAGAUUCAGUCCCAGCAAAAGAACGCAAAGAAAGCAGCAGAGAAGAAGAAAUCUCAUGGUGCCGACCAGAAAACCGCCGCCAAGGCCGCGCUGGUCCACACCUGCCCGGUCUGUCGGACCCAGAUGCCCGACCCGAAAACCUUCAAGCAGCACUUUGAGAGCAAACACCCAAAGUCUCCGAUGCCUCCGGAGCUGGCCGACGUUCAGGCGUAACGGACCGCUGAGACGAUGAAGAUGGGUGAAGAACCACGAUGACCACAGAUGACUCGGCUGCGUUGCCUGGGCGAUGUUGAACUCGGGACCUGUCAGUAUUCAGUGGACAACGGGGGAGACGCACAACAGAAACCUGGGCAGACAAACACCAGCAGCCCCCCCCCCUCCAUGUUUAAAAAUAUAUAUUUAUUACAUGUAACUAACUUUUAGUGUAACAGAUUCAGUUUUUCCACCAUUAUAAUAUUCUUCCACUGCAACAAAAAGCAGAUUUCAUGUUAAAAAUUUGCCCCCAAAAGACUGAAUUAAUGUUUUCACUGUACUUUUUUUUUUUUACAUUUUCAAUAAAGCAAUCAAUAUA